AUGCUCGAGCGUGCUUCGACAUGCCUCGAAUCCGGCGGACGCCAGCUCUUCCGCGCUCCGAAACCAUGUCUACGCAGUCGGCGCGCGUUGCCUUCCACCCUUUGGCACCACGGUGCAGCCGAUCUCACUCUUCCCACCUGGUCGGCCGCGGCCUCGACUACCCAAAACACAGGCGGUGACAUGGAUGAUGCAGCGGCAAAGAAAACUAUCGGGGACCCAAGACGGCAGGAUGGUGUUUUGCUCGACUUUCUGUACCCAGAGAAGACACUUGCACUUCUUAGACGACCACCCGUUGAACGGCUCAAUGCACCAGAAACGAAGCUACGGCGGCCGUGUGCAAAUCGAGUUCGCUAUUUUUCGACAGCACAAGCGCAACCCUCAAGCCACGAGGCACAAUUAGACAUGGACGUGGUGGAACAGGCCAAGAAGGAAGCAGCAGAGCUAUCGCAAGUUUUAGGUGCCCAUACAGCGCUUCGAAAAUUUCUAGAUUCGCCGCAACCUGGGAAGCAAGAGUUAGCAUGGCAGCUGUACACUGCUGUUUCUAAAGACCGCCUAGCAAGUUCAUAUAAAAGAGUGCGACGUCAUCUCAUACGUUACCUCAGCCAAGACGUCGUUCAGGAUGGCAACUCUGCGGUACCGGAGCGAAUUCUUCAGGUGUUUGGUGAGCUACCAUCAGCCCUUCGCCGGCAUUCAACACGUGUAGCAGCUAUCAAAGCAUAUACUGCGCUAGGAAUGAUUGGGCCAGCAAUCCAGCUGCUGGAGGAGCCCGAACAUUCGAGUCUUAAUAUGUAUUCCGGCAUGGACGUCAUCCUUCGACGAGCCGUUCUGGACGAGCAGUGGGAUCUUGCUUUCCGUGUCUUUAGGACGUUCAUGCGGCGGACGCCCAGAAUCCGUGGCAUAUCUGCAUAUCAGGCGAUACGCUUUGGAGAUACGCUCGCAAGCCUAUGGGGUGAGGUGGCACAACUACCAGAACUGCUAGAACACUUCCAGUCUUUCUUGCGAUAUGUCGACGAGUUUCAGCACGAACUCAGGUCUUCGCGACUACUGAAGCGUGACUUAGACUGCUUUGUCAUGAGCUUCGUACCCCACGUAGUGGAUCGUGUUCUGAGCACCAGAGAACUUGAUGACGAUUUUAUUUGGAAUUAUUUCGUCGGGCUUUUCGACGACCUCCAUGAUCUUCAGCUCCCUACUCCCGCCUGUUAUGAGUAUGCUAUUCGACGGCUACUGGAGCUCCCACGCUACCAACAAUACAACAACCAGCGAAAGAUUCCGCUUGAGCUAUAUAGAAGAUACCGACAGCUAUAUCUCGACCAGACCGAACCCACCAUCCAAGCAAGGCCAUCAGUGAAUCUGAUAGAGUCUCUGAUCUACCAGCAUUCUACCAAGGGUGGCCUGAGACGUGUCCAAGACCAUGUACAAGAUCUGCGCGCUUGGUAUCCCAAUCAGCCACUACGCCCUCAACUUCUUAGGCAUUUGAUUAACGUAUAUGCGGAUGUUGGUGACACUGAGAAGGUGUGCAGAUAUGUCGAUGAGCUUAAGUCAGCUUACAAAGACGAAGUGACGAUCAAGGUCCUGUCAUCACUCCUCUAUGUGUACGCUCGAAGCGCAGAUGUCAUCGGCACGAUCAUGCAAUUCAAACGUAUACACGAGGAGUUCCACAUGAACCCAGAUACCGGCUGCUGGAACAUUCUACUGCUUGCCUACGUCCGUGCUGAAGAUCUCGACGGCGCUCUUGAAUGUCUCAACAAUUGCUUGGGCUCGGGUGUUGAACCAGAUAUCUACACAUUUGGACCCUUGCUCGACUUUUGUGCUCAUAGAGGUGACGUUGAAGCUUUUGAGACACUGUUCUCGGAAGCCAAGAAGAUGGGUAUAAAGCUCGACACGGAUGUUCAUGCAAGAGCGGGCUAUGUUGAAGCCUUUGUGAAUGCAGGGGAUGAAGAAGGCGCCCAAGCAAUUGCGCAAGGCAUGCUCAAUAGUUGGAAGGCGGGGAGACUACACGGACAACCUCUCACACACACUUGGAAUCUGCUGAUCCAACAGCGUGCUCUAGACCGCGACCUGGUGGGUAGCAGAGAGCGAUACAAAGAAAUGGUCGAAAACGACAUCCCUCUGGACAGUUGGACCUACAGCAGUCUAAUGCGAGCAUUAGUUGAAGUAAAGCAGACCAAUGCUGCUUACAAACUGUUGAGAGUCACGAUGCCGGAACAGAGACUUCAGGUCCACGCAAUCCACUACGCUAUAGUCAUGAUCGGUUUCGUUAGGGAAAGACAGUAUACUCAAGCGGUUCAUGCUUACGAAAGGAUGAUGGAACGCCAGGUCUACCAAACAGAGAGCUCUCGCCAAGCCUCAAUACAGGCGCUCGGUUCGGCUGAUCUUCAAAGGCUAGAGAAAAAAGGUGCCAAACAUCCGAACUAUAAACUCCUUAGGGUUGAGGAGGCACUUGAAAAAAUGCUUGUUUCUGGUACAGCUCGAGAGGUCGCUCAUCGACAACCGGGACUUGAACGAUCGACUCGGAUAUACGACCCCCGUGCUCUUGUACAGUCCUACUAUGGCCUUAUGGUAUCGCUAUACAGCGCUCGAUCAGCUUACAACAUCUGCAAGAAGCUUUUCCAAAAGGCUGUAGCGUUAACGCCCGACGCCAACAAUUACACGACACCAUUGACCCUUACAACGUCGAUGAUGGAGGCCCAUUUCAUGGCUGGCAAACAUGCCGAAGUGGCCAGGUGUUGGGAAUUGGCACGUGUCUCAGCUGCAAACCUCACAAAGACCGUUCACCAAGUCAUGCAACAACCUGCCGCCGUCUCCGAUAACCAUGAACCCCCCGACCUUCCUGAUCAAGACUCUCUUGUCGACCCUUCAGUUCAACAACGCUUUCAAGAAUCGCGCAUAUCAAAUAAUCGUCGCGACAUCCUCACUAAGGCUUCCCGCAUCUACAUUCGUAGUCUGCUCGCCCAAUCUGAGGAUCCCAACGCUCUGCUAGAAGCCCAGCGUACUAUUCGCGACCUUCUUGUCAACGGUUUCACCAUUGAUACUUUGACCUUCAAUGAAUUUAUUCAACAACUCACUCUACGCGCUCGUCUCAUGGACGCCUUCACCAUUUGCGAAGCAUACCUCAUGCCACGUUUCCCUGGUUGGCGCGACCUUGUCCCCAACUACAUCCGCAAAGACCGCAAGGGCUAUCAGUGGAUGGAGCUUCGCCACCACGAGAUCAAGACGACAAGCGUACUUCCGCGGUACAAGACUUUGGUCUUGCUAGCCAAGGCCCUUGACCAAGUGAAGAGCGACGAAAGACACGGUAUAGGUUAUGAUACUGAUGCGGAGGCUUGGAUGACGGAGAUUCUUGAACGUAGCGCGCCAUUGACUGUCAGGGCUAUUGAUUCAAUGCCUAGGACAUUUGAUCAUUUACAGCAGAGGCACUUCAACGGUUUUUUGUAG